AUUUAUCUCAUAAUUAUUGCCGCUUAUGCGCUAUUUGUCUUGAUAAAGGAGUUUUAGGUCAAGAGUACUGCCCCGGCUGCUUGUGCCCGUUGUGCAACGUUGUGCGCAGGUGUGUCUGGAUGGUGGUGUGAACCGGCCGGCCCGGUUUUAGUUUUCCGGAAAGCGCCGCUGCGAUGGCCAAGGGAAGAAAUUUCGUCUUCGUCCUCGUGUGGCUGUCCCUGCUUAUCAGUGCCGGCGUGCACCUGUUUUCCCGCGGAUUCCUGCUGACUCGCGUCGCUCACACCGAUGUUAGCUCGUGCGUAAACUACGAAGAUUUCCGGUGUGAUCUGGGCCAGGGCUCGAAAGUGGGAGACUGCAAUGAAACCGAAAAGGUGGCCUCGAUCUUGCGGGAUGUCAAUCGUUCAUCGGGGAUUUGCUUUCCGCAGAAAGCCAAAGUGAUUCUGCUGGUUAUCGAUGCCCUGCGCUACGACUUUGGACUGUACGAUCCGACCAACCAGAAUCCGGCACCGUACGAGAACAAUCUACCCGUGCUGUCGGAGCUGUUACGUAAGCAUCCGGACCAUGCGCGCCGGUUGAAGUUUGUGGCCGAUCCACCGACGACGACGAUGCAGCGGCUCAAGGGUGUGACGACCGGCAGUCUGCCCACGUUUAUCGACAUUGGCUCCAAUUUUGCUUCUCCCGAAAUCAAUGAGGACAAUCUUAUUGACCAGCUGGUGCGCCACAACCGCACUGCGGUGUUUCUCGGUGAUAGCACCUGGACGGAGCUGUUCCCGAACCGGUUCACCCGUUCGUACGAGUAUCCGAGCUUCAACAUCUACGAUCUCGAUACGGUCGACACGGCAAUACGGAAGCAUCUUCCGAAGGAAAUUGCACGCUCUGAUUGGGACAUCAUUGUGGCGCACUUCCUGGGAGUUGACCAUUGUGGCCACCGGUACGGACCGCUGCACGAUGAGAUGCGUCGAAAGUUGCGCGAAAUGGAUGAAGUGAUUCGCAAUGUGACGGAGCAGAUGGACGAUGGCACGACGUUGAUCGUGAUCGGUGACCAUGGAAUGACCAAAACGGGCGAUCACGGUGGAGAGUCGAUCGAUGAAGUGGAAGCAUUGCUUUUCAUGUACUCCAAGGGAACGCCCCUUUUGGCGCGCAAUGAGUUCUUCGACUACGGUGGACAGGUGAUGCAACAGAUCGAUCUCGUGCCUACGCUAGCGACCAUUAUGGGUGUCCCGAUACCGUUCUCGAAUCUCGGACAGAUCCGAUUCCAACUGCUACCCGAUAGACCGGUCGGUUCGUUCCUGCGCUACCAACUGGCGCUGGUACACCUGUGGCAGAAUGCUCGUCAGAUCCAGAACUACUUCCAACGGUACGCCGACUCGAGCCAGGGAACGUUCGGUGUGGAGCAGCUCGAUGAACUGGACAACAAGUUCCUCAUUCUAACGCAGCGCGUCAAUACCGUCUACACGGAGGCCGCCUUCGAAAGUUUCUCCAAAGAUUUGCGGAUCUACUUGAAAGACAUCCUAGAAGGCUGUCGCGAGAUUUGGGUCCGUUUCGAUCCGCAACUGAUAUCCCAUGGACUGCUUGUGACUUGUUUGGGUUGCUUCGCAAUCGCACUGCUCGUCAUCAACUCGUCCCCGUACCAGUUGGGAGCGAUGUUCCAGGAUAGUGUUAUCAAGUACGUCGUGCUGCUAACGGGCAUUGCCGCACCGUUUGGAUAUUGUGUCUACCGUGAUCUGGGCCUGAGCUCGGCUUCGCAUGGUGCCAUUCUGUUUGCAUCCGUUGCCAGCAUCGCCGUACUGGCUUUCCUGGCGAUGCAAAAUUGGAUUGCCAUCUCGGAUAGUUUGGCCAGCUUGCGCCGUUCGGCCAACAUAGUGACGCGUGUCCCCUUCGUCUUUACCACGUGCGUCUUCUUCGCAAACAGCUUCAUCGUGCAGGAGUCUAAGAUUCUCACGUACGUUCUGAUGGGAUUCUUCCUGGUCGCGCUUUACAAUUUGUCACGCGGAAAGCACGGCAUUCCACGGAGCAUGAAGUGGGCACUGCUCAAGAAGUCCACCUUCGUGAAGCUCUUGUGUUUAACACUGUUUGCGCUGUCGCUGUUACGCCUUUCGCAGCAUUACAACCGUUGCCGCGAAGAACAGGCCAACUGUACGGAUUAUCUGGUGAAGGCACCGACAGCACCAACACCGGAUGCUCAGCGGAAACAACGAUCGGCUACGGAUGCCGACUUUAUACCGAUCAUAGCGAUGGUGGUGUACGUCGUCUGCACUCGUCUGUAUCUUCGAGCGUGCGGUAACCUUACGGGAACAAAGCUACAUGUUCUGCUGGCACGCUAUGGCCCUACACUGGGAGUCGUGUGUGCUUGCGGUCACUUCACCGUCACGCAAACCAGUCCCAGUGGCAUCCCACCGCUUCACGUUGAUGCACUGGCAUGGGUGGUGUAUGGAUUGCUGCUGAUUCAAGUGAUUGUCCUCUUGGUCUCACCAUUGCUCGUAUUCGUAUUGCCACGACG